AUCUGCAGGAUCCAGCUCAGCAUUUUAUAGAACACAAAUCAAUGUCGGAACUACGAAACCGUAUAAAAUCAGCUUCAGAUAUAUUACCACUUUGCCUCGAGUCCCUAUUGCAUCAUUGUUCUUUGGGAAACAAUGGCCAUGAUAUUAUUCGUCUGGAUGGUUUACCAUUAUUAAUGGAGAUCUAUAAUCGAUUUCAGAAUGAUUUGGAUACUAAAGUUAAACUUUGCAAUGUAUUAGCCUUUGUAUCUGUUUAUCCCAAUGUCGUAGAGGAUUUUUAUAAAACAGGAUGGAUUACUGUGUUGUCAAAAUGGCUCAAUGACAAUGAUAUUCGCUUGUCUAGUACUGCCGCCAAGAUUUUAUCGAAUCUAGAUGAUAACAGGGCAAUGUAUCAAAAUUCGUUGCACAUCUUACACCCAUUAUAUCACUGUGACCAGAAAGCAUUAGUUGAUGUAAUAUUCGUACAUGGAUUGUUGGGAGGAGUAUUUUUCACGUGGCGACAAAGGAGAGCUAACGUGUUUAGUGGAUUGUUUAGUACCUCAAUAUUUAGAAGAACUGUAACGGAUGUACAGUCAAAACUGCUUCGAACAAGUGAUCCUUUAGUAAGAGAGUAUAUUCAAGAUGCAGAAGUUAAAGAUCAAUAUGAAUGGGACCAGGUUGGACAAGAUUUUGAGUUUGUGUUGAAUGACAUACCAACAGCCACUAAUGUUGAGGCAGAAGGUCCAUACACUUGCUGUGGAAAUAACGACUGUAUCGCUCAAGCAGCUGAAGAUUGCUGUACACAUACAUCAUGUUGGCCUAGAGAUUGGUUACCGAACGAUUGCAGUGAUCUACGAAUAUUAGGCAUUAAUUAUGAUACCAGCUUAUCAUUAUGGGCAAAAAUUUGUCCCAACGAACAAAAAAAAUGCACCAUUGACGAAAGAAGCGACGAAUUUCUAACUAGCCUUUUGCAAGCUGGGGUGGGCGAUAGACCAAUAAUAUGGAUCACACAUUCAAUGGGAGGGCUUAUUGUUAAAAAUCUACUAUGGAAAGCAUGGGAAAGCAACUCCAAGCGUGCCAGGAAGUUAUGUUUAAAUUCAAAAGGUAUAGUGUUUUAUAGUACUCCUCACAUUGGAUCGCGUAUAGCUAAUUUGAAUGCAACUGCUUCAUUGUUACUGUGGCCAUCAGUUGAAAUACAGGAAUUGCGUGAAGAUUCACAAGGAUUGUAUAAAAUACAGGAAAAUUUCUUACAAUUUAUAAAACAGGUUCCAUUGAAAGUGCUUAGUUUUGUUGAAACAAAGUCUACCUUGGUAACCGCGAUUAAAUUUAAUGUUUUAUUUGUUGAUUCACAUUCUGGAAAUCCGUCAAUAGGAGAAUAUUUUGAAGUUCCUCAGGAUCAUUUAGGAAUAUGCAAACCUGCAAACAGGAUGUCAUUUUUAUAUCAAAAAGUAUUACACUUUAUUCAAGAAAUCGUAGAAGAAACAAAAGUAAAAGAUCAAAUUAACAUAGGAUUAGAGCAAUAACUUUUAUAUUCCUGAUGUACCUGGUCAUUGUAGCAGCUAAAUAUUUAAUAUAGCAUUGUGUUAUGUUUCAA